CACACCAUCUGAGGCGGGAAGAGAUUCAUAUUCUCCAUCAUCAAUCUCAACAGAGAAGACACUCUGCUUCAGUAGCAUCAUCCGGCACAGGAACAAUGCAAGGAGCGAGACCAGGGUGGGCUGGGAAGGCUCUUGUUGUUAUAAUCUUCACUUCGAUCUUUUUCCGAUGCGUCUGUGCAUACAACCACUCCGUCGGCGGGCCUUCCGGCUGGGACCUGAGUUCGAAUGUCCAAUUGUGGUCUGCGGCCACCUCUUUUCUUGUUGGUGACAAUCUCGUGUUCACGUACACGCCGGACCACGACGUGGUGGAAGUUAGCCAGCUUGGUUAUGACACCUGUGUAAUCUCCAGCGCCAUCGGCACCUACGAUGAUGGAGAGACUGUAAUCCAACUCACUGAACCAGGAAUUAGGUACUUCGUCUGUGGCCGAUCAGGGCACUGUCAACAAGGACUCAAGCUCCAGGUCCAAGUUCUUGCUCAGCCCAACAAUGGAACCAACGCUAAUCGUCGUCGUCCAACACCCAGGCUCCCUCCGAGAAAACCUCCUCCUUCGCCUCGAAGAUCUCCUCCUCCACCUCUUUCUCUUGUGCCAACCUCUCCAUCUUCUCUGCCAUUUCCUCCACCAGCUGAUGUACCUGUACCUGUUUCUGGCGUUGAUAACAUCAAGUUGGAUACGCUAGGGCUGUUCCAAGGACUGGUUCCGGUGAUUGCGCUGGCAGUACUCUACUCUCUUACACUCAUGCUGGUUUGAUUUUCACCAUUUGACGAUUCCUCGUUCUGAUAUGAGAUGAAGUGCUACCCAAGAAACUUAGAUAUAUGCCUCUUACAUCUUGCUGCUAACAUGGUUGUGACUUGGCUCUGUAGGAGUUCCUAUCUUUCAUACUUUAAUAAAUACUUU